AUCAGCAGUCCCGGGACGGCCUCGGACGGGGGCUUUGUUACUCCGCAUGCAGCAGUUGCCGCAGCCCGCUGUCCAGCCGGUUCUCCUCGCCUCGGUAGCCAGGGGUCGCCGGGCCUUUGUCUUCCGUCCCCCGGCCUCUGCAGCCUCCUGCCCGGCAGCCUCACCAAGAGCCACCCCCAGGACUGCGCUUCCUCCGCUUUCCGGCUCCAGCAGCUGGCAGCAGCUUCCUCCUCCCCAGGCAGGGGGGCCGGAGCCUGGCCGGCCCUGGUCGCCGGCCCCUGUUGCAUUGUGACCCUUUCUGAGCUAAGCAGGAGCUUGGACUGAAAGCGGAGAUGGCAUUUGAGGCGCGUAUCCAGAACUGCUCCGGGGCUGGCUUGUUCCUGGAGCGAACAAAGCCUAGGGGGCUGAUUGCCUUAGUCUGUGGCCAUUCGCUUUUGUUUGGGUCUAAUGGUCUUAUUGUCUAAGGGUGGCUGCAUUUCCCCGGUGUCUGGCAGGCAGUGUCUCUAGCAGGUUAAUUUUCCUGCACCGAGACAAAUACUUUGAGGUGGUAUGAGCCUGUCGUCGCUCAGGUGUGUGAUCUGCCCCUUAGCUCUGCUUUGGUGUAGUACUUCAUCGAUCUGCUCCUACUGAUUGUAACGGGCAAUCUCUUGCUAGGUCAGUGGAACCUUUUUUUUUUUUUUUUUUUUCCUCCCUUUUUUUGGGGGAGGGAUGUGUGUGGCCUGAUCUGAAUAUACAGCCCCCUGCAGUCCUUGCUGUUUUAUAACGACCUUUUCAUUGUUCUGCGCCUGUCUGGUUCUGCAUGCUCCAUCGAGGGUGACCUUUUUUUGAAAAAAAGUCUAGUCUAUGGUACAUCUCCAGGCCACUUCGUUUGUUUUAUCGGGGCCCUGCCUUGACUCUUCCUUCUGGUUUGAUGUGAGGAAACAAGCUCCUGUUGGGUAAAAUAUACCUUGAUAUUGCACUAUUCUUAUGUGAAUGGGCCACACCCUUUUUUCCUUAAAGGGCCUCUGCACUAGGCUGCCAUGUGCUGUUCUGUCUCUGGCAGGCUGAGGCGGGUGGUGGGCUUAGGGUUGUAAUCCACCAAUUUCCAAAGUGCAGACUGGGAUGCCAGGGGGGAGAACGGGGGGCAGUGGCGCUGCUGCCACCAAGCGCUUUGAGGUCAGCGAAGAGGCAACUCAGAGAGAAGAGGAGCACGAAGAUGAUGGUGAUGAAGAUCUGCGAGACGGUGGAGUUCCUUUCUUUGUGAACCGAGGAGGGUUACCCAUUGAUGAGCCCACCUGGGAGAGAAUGUGGAGACAUGUGGCCAAGAUCCACCCUGAGGGAGAAACGGUGGCUCAAAGGAUUCGAGGAGCCACAGACCUACCCAAGAUUCCCAUACCAAGUGUGCCUGCGCUCCAGCCGUCCACCUCCAUCCCUGAGCGCCUGGAAGCCAUACAGCGCUACAUCAAGGAGCUUCAGUACAAUCAUACUGGGACGCAGUUCUUUGAAAUUAAGAAGAGCAGACCUCUGACCGGGCUAAUGGACCUGGCCAAAGAAAUGACCAAAGAGGCCCUGCCAAUCAAAUGCCUGGAAGCUGUGAUCCUGGGAAUUUACCUCACCAACAACAUGCCCACACUGGAGCGUUUCCCCAUCAGCUUCAAAACUCACUUCUCAGGGAACUACUUCCGCCACAUUGUGCUGGGGGUGAACUUUGGAGGCCGCUAUGGAGCACUGGGCAUUAGCCGGCGAGAGGAGCUCAUGUACAAGGCGCCCACCUUCCGCACACUGAGUGAGCUGAUCUUCAACUAUGAGGAGGCAUACCACCGCUGCUGGCACAUCCUCAAAAAGGUGAAGCUGGGCCAUUGUGUGUCCCAUGACCCACACAGCGUGGAGCAGAUUGAGUGGAAGCACUCCAUUUUGGAUGUGGAAAAGCUGGGCCGUGAGGACUUUCGCAAGGAGCUCGAGAGACAUGCCCGGGACAUGAGGCUAAAGAUCGGCAAAGGAACAGGGCCACCAUCUCCCACGAAGGAUAGGAAGAAAGAUGUGUCCUCCCCACAGCGGGGCCAGUCCAGUCCGCACCGCCACAACAGCCGUGGGGAGAGGCGGCUGUCUGGUGAGAAGAAGCCUGCCGAAUCCAAAGCCAUGCCAGACCUCAAUGGUUAUCAAAUCCGGGUGUGAAGAGAGGAACACCUUGUGUGCCUGGCUCCAUCGACUCCUCGCUGGCCACACUUGAAACCAGGAUCACCUGUAGCAAGCUCAACGUGGGGAAGGGGAAGUGGGAGUGGAGGGCUGGUCUUCCAAGGUACUUCUAUCAGGCCUAUCCCUGAGCUGUAUCCUGGGGGUCAAUGAGUCACCUCCCUGUCUUGGGAAGAACACUUUUUAAUUCAACAAAACAAGUUUUAUAAGAGAACAGAUCUGCCAGUUGAUGGGAAGGCUCCUACUGUGACAUGGUGAGAGGUGGAAUGAGUGAGGCCAAGCAGAGCUCAGGCUUUGCAUGGAAUCCUUUGGACUGACAAAGACGACAGGUGGGGCAUUUUAUCCACAGUGCCUCUUCCUCUUCUAUGCUGAAGGUCUCAAGCCAGCACAAAGCCCUUAGGCUUGAAGGAGGGGAAGGUAUUGUAAUGGAAAGGCCCCUGCCUCUGGUAAAAGAAGGACUUCUGGUUUUGUAACUUCUGUGUAUUUUGCUACUGUCACUCUUGUUGGGGAGGGAGUGAAAUACAGGAUCACCUUCCCCAUCCCCUGUGCCUGCAGGGAAGAGGAAUAAGCCCUGGAAUAAUUAUUUGCAUCACUAAUGAAAAUGCAACCUGUCAGUGGUGUUGAGAGCCUCAUAUGCAGUGAAUUCACCACGCUAACAUUCCGUUGAGUCUGCAAUGUAUCCCCUUAUGGCUCAUUGACUCUGUAGGGGAUGCGUGUGUCUCCUUUCCUGUGAGGUGCUGUGGAUACUUCCCUUCAUGGCAGGCUGUUCAGGAAAUGCCCAUGCCGCUGUAAUGUGGAAAUGGGCUGCUGGACAGCUCUAUCUGUGGGGAUGGGUGCUUAACCAGUAGGAUGGUUGGAAACUGUCUCCCCCACUUCCUUCUCAGUGGUGGUAACUGGAAGCUGCAGGGAAAGCUUUGGCCACUGAGGUGCAAACUCCAACAGGAAGCAAGUGACUCUGAUGCACAUGAGUAGCCUUCACAAGCAUCUUUCUCUUCAGAAAGGAAAGAACUUCAGUGUUUCCUUGCUGGGUUGUAGCAUUAGUGUCGUCAGGGAGCUCUUCAUUCCCAUCCUGGCCAUUUGCUUAACCCUGGAAUAUUCAAGGCACCACAUCAAAUUCCCACUUUCGCUCUUGUGCUUAUGAAGCUACUAUUGUGACACCUUGCACUUCCCCCUUAGAGUCUGGCUUCAUCUCACCCUGUGAGGAAGGGCUACUUUUCCUGGAUGCUCAGAGCCACAGUGGAAUUUUGGGAACCAGCCUUGAAACAGAAGGGUACAGGCUCCAGUGUAGUGCUCUGCUCCAGGGACCAGUGUGCUGGUGAAUCCUUAAGCAAAAUAAGAUGGUGUUUGUGGUCAUGUUGCUGUGUUCACCCCUACCCUUUGUCAACAUCCACAGCUGGCCAGUGCCUGCUGGAGUGCCUCUAAAAGUGAGGCAUACUACCUCUAGGAACACACAGGGGCACUGCCGCAGCAAAUCCCAUGUGGUAUCCCUGAGGAUGCUUUCAGGAGACAUACUAUUGGGGGUAGGGUGGGGAAAUGUUUCUCAGAUUGAAAUCAGGUGGGAUGCUGCAUUGUUGCUGUAAGGUAAUAGUUCCCAACCCUUUCAUGCACUGGUCUACCACUCCAUGCUCCCUCCUUCCUUUCAUCUGUGGAGGUUUUGGAGCAGCCUAUGCUCAGGCUGGGCAAGAGGGGCAGAAAUAAAUGGGAUGUGCUGCCACAUUGAGUCCAAGCCAGAAGCUCAUGCCCAAGUUAAACCUCUGGUACCAGCCCAAUCAAGAUUGAAAUGUCUGUGUGGAAUCACUGUUCCAGGGUGUCCCAUUUCUCCUAACUGUUCAGUCUGACCCAUUUUGAUUGCAGUGGUCCAUCUGUCCUAGGAGCAGGGAGCAUAGCUGUGUGCCUAUCCUCUUCCUGUUUGUUCUGACAGACAGUGUACUUAACAACAAUAUUUGUUAAUGAGUACCAUUCUCCAGCAAGAAGGGCUGGCCCUUCCACCUGACUAAAGCCUUGGAAGCUCACAAAUUUCCAUUCAAAGGAGAGGCACAGCUAAUCAGUCCACAUGCUGCAUGUCAGAACUGAGGAGCACUGGCAGAUAUGUUUGUGGGGCCCAAAACUUGGCAUACCAGGGGUGCUGCAGCUCAUGGCGGAAUUGAUUCGGAGAGGGAGGUGGGAAGCAAGGGGUGAGUGGGUCAAGCCUGAGGCAUGUUGACAUAGGUAGGGGAUGGCAAAAUGUUUAACAUUUGGUCCUCUUACACUACAAAAAGUGUCUAGACAUUUGUAGUGUAAGAGGACCUUUGGCUGUAUCCAAAUCAUGUUAAACAUUCUGUAUUCUUUCUUGCCUGAGUGUGUGCUGAAGCAUGAUUCGGACUAUAACUGUGGUAGAUAACUGGGCUUUCUGGCAUAACAAUGCUGUCUUUCUCUCCUCUGCCCAUGCUGCUUGCCCUAGUCUGUUUUCCCCCAAGAGUAGUAGCCUGACUGCUAGACCCAAAGAUGGGACCGUGUUGUAGCUUAAGGAUGAAGUUGGUCCUUUCACUGUAUCCCAAACCUCUGUAAGAAAGUGAGUUUAAUGCUAUUAGGAAUGAAUGAUGGCAAUGGGCCUGGAUUAAUCAAUAAUCCUUAAUGGUUCCAGAGCAAAACAUGGAACCAGGUGGAGUCCAGGGCAGAAGGUUUUGUCCAGUACUAGCUUGGAGUCCUUUUAAUAAGGUUUU